AUGUCUCACGAACCAGUAAUACGAACUGCACUUAGGCUUACAUCGCAAAGCAAACUUAAGGGGCAUGUGAUACCUCCAGACGCUGCUGAGGCCCUGUCUCUUGCCGGAAACAUUGCGUCCCGCUCAUCGUCCGUCAAGCUGAGCAAAGCGGACCCGCUGAGUGCUGCAUUUAAUCGUGCAUUCUUAAACCUCCAUGAGGAUCAGAGAAUAGCCUUGGAAAAAACUCAAGGACUACAAGAAUUGUUUGAGCAAUUGAACGCUUCAAACGAGAAAAGCAAGGAGGAGUCCCCUUUCCGCCGAGGCGUUCAAAAACUUGGUCCUGUUUUGGCAGUGUUGGGCGGCAGUAUAAGUCUUGCGACUCCGCUAGCUGCGUUGGAUCCCAUUGCCAACAAUGCCUUCGGUAUCAUUCAAUCCAUUGCUAUAGGAAUCUGUGGUGCGGAAGGAAAGUUCCACGAAGAUAUCCAAGCAAUGCUCCAAAGAGUUCCUAUAAUCGAAAGAUGUGAUGACAUCUGGGAUUCAACACGAUCUCCGAAGUCGCCCAUAUUCUCAGUCCUAGUACGCAUUUACACAAACCUACUUGACUUCUACUUUGAAGCCAUGGGCGUCUUGAAGGGUGACAGUUUCUUCAUCAGUUUGCAAAAGAGUCGCUUCAAGCAAAGGCUACCGGAAAUUAUUUCGUCGUUCACAGACAAUGCUGACCAACUCGAUAAACUUCUCAACGUGGAAGCACUUGCUCUCAUUCAAAAGAUCGACGACGACCAGUCUAUUCGGAUGCUUCUGAAUAGCAACAGCCAAAAUAAGGAGGUCGAGUACUAUAACUCCUUCCAACAGCGAGCCGACGAGGCCUGCACAUGGAUUGUUUCGACGGUCGACUUCCGUGAAUGGCUUGAAGAUCUCAACGACGGACGUUCAAACCCUUCUUCAAAGUUCUGCAUUUUGUUUGGGAAUAUGGGAUCCGGAAAAACUGUAACGACUGGCUUCGUUGUCGACUUCCUCGUUUCUCAUCCAGCCCUGUCGGGGUCAUUGAAGCCAUUUGUCUGGGUCUACUACUGUAAGAACGAUAACGAGACCAACAAAGCAAGGAACAUAUACCGCAGCAUCCUGUCGCAGAUUCUGACGCGUAUGGUGCAACUGAAAUCCAGAUUCAUGAAAUGGUAUAAGGAAGCGCAGACCAAGAACAGUUUGGUAGACCCUACGCUAGACGAUAAUGCGCUGCGCGAUUUUUUGGUCAGCGUGCUUCGAGGGUUUUCUCGACGACUUUAUCUUGUCUUGGAUAGAGUAGGCGAAUGCGACUACGACAAUCGCGAUCACAUUCUCCAAUCCUUCGAGAAGUUCGAUGAGCAUGGAGCUCCGGUCAUUGUAUUUCUUUCCUGCCGAUACGACGAAUCUAUCAAAGAUAGAUUACCGUCUGGGAGAAGGAUACUCCAAAUGAACGCUUCACUGGACCGGGACCACAUCAUUGCUGCCUUUCACGUCAAUCACAUCCUGAACCGACAGCCAGAGGAGAUCAAAGAACCCAUCAUAAAAGAGCUGGCGAAGAAGGCGGAGGGAUCGGCAAUAUGGCUCAAGAUGGUACUGGAGUACCUUAGACGCCCUCAUCGAAGCGAGAACGAGAUAAAGCGUGUCCUUCAACGCAUGCCAUCUCCGCAAAGCCUGUCGAGGUUAUACCAUAAGUUGUUCGAAGCUGCAAUAGGCGGAAACAGCGACGCAGCCAAAAUUGAAUAUGCUCUCGAAACUUUGGCUGUAUCUGGACGUUUGCUCACCCUGGACGAGCUCGCGUGCGCGGUAACACUUCGAAUAGAGGAAAUGAACAUUUCCAGUCUAUCUGAUCUGGAAGAAUGUAUGGAGGACUCUACCGGGCUACUCGAACUCAUCAGUCCUUUCGUCAGCAUUAUGAAUACUGCUGGGGGUGCAAUCGUACGCAUAGUGCAUCAAUCUCUGAAAGAUCUCAUCGUCGGAGAACCUCCGGCAGAUUGGGGAUCACAUGGUAGUGUCACAUCAGCGAACAUGAAGCAGCGCAGCUUGUUGAAAUGCUGUAUCAAGUAUCUGCUUUUGAGCGAUCUUGAGGACAAAGAUCUGUUUCCUAAGGAAAAACUGGAAGCAAUGGAAGAACAAGCCUAUGAUUUGGAGUCUCUCGGUCACUUUGAUGUGUACGUUGAUGAAACUCAGGCGGAUGAACCACGAAGCCCGAGCUCGUCCGCUUCCGGGAAAGUACAGACGCGGGACUUUGACCCCGAAUUAGCUGGAUUCGUCAAGUUCUUCACCUACGCUGCAUGCUAUUGGACGGAACAUCUCAAGCAAUGUUCACCUGACGCUCUCCCUAACGUCUGUGAUGUAUCCAAGCUUGCACGCCAUGGCUCUUUGACCCUCCGAAAUUGGAUGGAGACCUACAAGCGACCAAACUUGACGUCGUCUCCACAGCUUAACCUGGAUGUGGAAGAAUUCGAUGAGAUUGUUCUAGCGACUCACUUUUUGGAAUGCAUAUUCGAAGACGACUGUAUUGGGGAAGAAUCGUCCGCGAAAGCGGUAAAAUGGGCUAUGCAGUCUGGAGAUUUCACCGCAGUCAAAAUUCUUCUUCAGAGUAAAUCUCUGGAAAACAAGUUUCGGAGUGGCUCUCUUCUAUGCGAGAUCAUGACUAUCUGGAAGCAUAGAGAGUCUAAACAGAGAACAGUCGAGGACAGGUGGAAGGAGCUUCUUGAGAUCCUCGUUUGCCGUUUUUUCAAUGGCGGCGCCUCUUCCUAUGACUGGGCCAACACAAUUCUCUGUUCUGCAGCCCGGCAAGGUUGCCUGCCUGUGAUCGAAAUACUAUUCGAGAAAACUAAGGAGAAACCCGAACUGACCAAGGCGCUCCUGGCAGAAACUCAAAAUGAUAGUAUGUACCAAUCAAUUGGUGAGGCAGCAUUUUGGGGCCAGGCAGAUGUCGUCCAAUAUUUGCUCACACAAGACUAUGUCGACAUCAGCCCCUAUCUACACCACCGUGUCAACUCGAAGAACCGAUCUGGGGGGCCUUCAGGUAGAAACGUUCUACACUGUGCUGCCAGCUCUAGGAACCCGGACAUUGUCCGUAGUCUUGUUGAAAAGUUCCCUAGCGGCGUCAAUGAACAGAUAGAGAGCGGAGAUACACCGCUACAUAUACUGGUGUUCACUUGUCCCACAAACGUUGAAGCGGUACGAGUUUUGAUCGAAAUUGGCAUGGCGGAUGUAAAUCUCUCUCCCGGUGGAGAAUGGUAUUCACCCUUGCGGACUGCCAUACGCGCUAAGAAUGUGGAGGUGUGUCAACUGCUCGCAUCACAUGGAGCACAUGUUGAUGAAGCUAUCGAAUGCGAUCAAAUAUCCGGUUACCUGAUGCUGAAGGAUAGCUUGGAGGAUGCCGAGACUUCUCAAUGCAUUCUGAAAGUACUGGCCUUAGCUUCACAAUCGGAGGCAUGUAAAAAGUACCUUAGCAUACUGAAGGACUGA